ACUUAGGGAAAACCACUUUUUUUGCUAAGUUUCAAAGUUUUCAGGUGAAAGACCGCAUCGGUGUGAUAUCUGUGACAAACGCUUUUCGUCUACAUCAAAUUUGAAGACUCAUCUACGACUACACAAUGGUCAAAAGCCGUACGCUUGUGAUGUAUGUAGUGCGAAGUUUACACAGUACGUACAUCUUCGCCUACACAAACGUCUACAUGCGAACGAACGACCAUAUGCUUGUAUGUCGUGUGGAAAGAAGUACAUAAGGUUUCUCGCUAGAUUUUUCAUUUUUAAAAUGUACAAAACCUUCUUUCAUUCUUGUACCCUCUAUAAAAAGGAAGUCAAAUACCAAGAAAAAGUUCUGGGUCAUCACAAUGAAGUGACUUUUGACCUUAUGCCCUUUGCUCUUGCGGGUUACAUGGCCUUGGAAAGUCUUUCAAUCUCGGCUAUCGAGUCGUGCGAAGAAACCGAAAGAACACAAAAAGCAAAACGUGCCAUAUUCAAUAUCAAAAUUGUGGAUUCAUCUAAAUAUUACAGAAUUUACGCGGGUUAAGG